CUUCUUUAGUUUCCUAUCGAACCGAACUGAAAACGGUCGCGCAAGGCGUGCUGCGGGCGUUGUUAAACCUAAACGAAUAGCAAACCCGGUGAUCAACGAAAAUAAACGUCAACUAAAUACAUAAAGUGUUCAAACGAAGUUGGUGACUAACAUUCAAUCAACACCGGAUCACUGCUGGACAGAACGAAACUGACCUAGAAUCCAUCUGGGGAAAAACUUCAAUAGACGAACAAUAGUUCAACGUGGUUGCGGAAAAACAUGAGCAAAUACAUGAUAAUGGUGCUUUUCACCGUGGCGCUAGUAGUACCACAGUUAACUGAGGCAUCUAAAGAUACCAAGGAAAAGCAUAUAAAGUACAAGGAAAAGGAUCUGAUGCGAAAAUCGAUAGUGUAUGAUAAAAAUACACCCGAUGUAUUUUACUGUCCAACUAAUAAACCAACCGGAAUGGACAAGAUGAUCGUAAGGUCGCGUCCAUUACACAAACUGUGCGAAUUUGAAGGCAAACCCUUACCUGAGGACUAUAAAUCCGAUUGCUACAAGGAUCUGGAUGAGAGUGACUAUGCAUGCAAAGAGAAAUACAGAAUAAUGAUGCGUAUGCACCCGCCAGGCAGCGACGCUCCAUUCAACGGAUCGCGAUUAAGCCGGUUCAUGGAAAUGGAUGACGACAUGAAAAGGAUCAAAGCAAAGCGUCACAAUAAGCCACACUAGAACGAAACACCUACUUUCAACCGGACAAUGAGUAUUCAAACCAUUUUAACUAAAACGUGUGUAAAUAAUCCGAUGCCAUAUAAGAAACACUGACAAGUCUAAUACUUGCGCUCCUCAAGACUUUUUAGUAACUACGUUUGUAAUUUUGUGAUUGUUUUUAUUUUUCUGUUGCGAAUGUCGUGCUUAAUUUUGUUGAAAUUGUUGAUUUGUUGACUAUAUUGCUGUCAAAACAAGCUGAUAAUAAACAAGGAAAUGUUUUAUGCUAGUUCGCAUAAUUUCUACUUGUUUUAAGAAUAAAAAUAAAAAUGAUUGUCAUUUCAA